AUGGGCCGAUCUAUUUCAGGCAGUGUGUCAUCGCCCACAUUGACAGAUCAAGACAACAUGAGGGACGACAUUGAACCCAUCAAGCAAGAUCACAUGCUCGCAACCCCCCAAAAAACAUUUAUAAAUACGGAAAUCAAAGAACCCCAAAUUGGAAUGAAGUUUGGUUUUGAAGAAGAUGCAUGUGAAUAUUACAAGGUAUUUGCAUUGGCACAUAGGUUUGGCAUCCGAAAGGGAACUACACACAAUAAUAAGGAUAGACAAAGAAUAGAUAGGGAAAUUAAUUGCUUUGGGGAAAUGUUUAGGGUUGAGAAAGAUGUCUUACGUAAAGUGAAUAUCCCUCAAUCAAUUUGUGGAUGCAAGGCUAAGCUAUGCAUAAGCUUAAAUUCUAUUAAUGAGUGGGUAGUGACUAAGUUUGUAAAUGAUCACAACCAUGCCAUUGUCUGUCCAAGGAAAGCUAGACUAAUUCAAUCACACCGAACAAUAUUGAAUGCAACAACGUUGAUGAUAAAUUCUAUAAGCUCUGCUUUGAUGAAAUCUAGGAAUAUUUAUGAUAUUUUUACAGAACAAGCUAGGGGGAUUGAGAAUCUCCAAUGCUCACAAAAAGAUAUCGAAAACCACAUAGCAAAGAACCGUAGAAAAUUGAAAGGAGAAGAUGGCAAUCGUGCUAUGCAAUGGCUGUACGGAAUGAAUGAAUCAAACCCUUCAUUUUUCUAUAAGGUUAAAUUAGAUGAAGAUGGUCAUCUAAUCAGUAUGCUAUGGGUAGAUGUCAUGUCAAGGGUAUUGUAUCACCACUUUUUAGGCAUGGUGACUUUUGAUACAACACGCAAGAUGAACUUAUUUAGCAUGCUCUUUGCUCUCAUACUUGGUGUGAAUCACCACUACAACACAAUAUUUUUUGGGUUUGCACUUAUAUUUGAUGAAAAGAUUGAGUCAUUUGUAUGUGUAUUCGAAACGUGGCUAGAAGCAAUGAGUGGUCUUCAACCCGGUGUAAUUAUCACUGAUCAGGAUCAUGCAAUUACUACUGCAUGGGUUGAUGCAAAUGUGGCUGAUGCAUUCACAGCCGGUAUGUCAACGACUCAAAGAAGUGAAGAUUCAGCAAAUUACAAGAUUGAAGCCAUUGAAGACAACGUCACUGUUGCCACCUAUAAGUGCUUGGCUACAGCUCUCUGA